GCUGUUGCUUCCGUUUGUUCAGACCUUGUUAAACAUUGUUGUUGAUAGGUAAUACAGUGCCAUCGCUACCACGCAUAGCUGAGUUUGCCUCUCCCUGUUUGUUUGCUUGUUAUCUAAGCUAUCAUAGCCGAGGCUUGAAGAGAACAGUAGGAAACUAGUUGUAGCAAAACCAUGGGACGAGCAUCCCUCAAAUCCAACGAACCAAUUCGGUUGCCGCAUGAUGGACCGUUGCACAACCUAUUGUUGCAACAACAGGAGAAGGACAACGAGCACGCUCGGGAGGAAGGACAAGAUGAGGUCCUCCGCAUGGCCCUGAGUUGUCUUCAAAAUGGCCCAUCAGUGAACGACGAUAGUAACCAUGAUGUGGACCAACAAAGCAUUGUGGGACUUCUUGCCUCCCUGCAGCAAGCCAAAACCAUCAAGGAACAAUUGCAAACCCUCCAAACUUUUCGAAGCAAAUCCAAGCAACAGCAACAACAAAAAGAUUCCACUGAAUCAUCAGACGCGUCAGUAAGCUAUCGAAGAGUCCUCUAUCGAAUAUUGAUGGAGUGGUUCCUUUCCAUUCAAACUCCAGUGCCGUUGAGACGAGCCAUUCAAGCCAAUCUGGAUGGUCUUACUGCUCCACAACUACAACACGACACAAGCCAAAAUGACAUUGCAUGUCAUGUCUUGACAUCCAUCCUAGUAGUAGUGUCAUCCAACAAUCAUUGGCAACAGCCACUGCAUUCUCUUCAUGAAGCUCUCAACUACAAGGUCACACACGAUCUUCUUAUUCUGACGAGCCACAACAAGCCACUAGCCAAUCAACUCUUUGCGUUUCUUCAUCACUAUGCCAAGCAACAGAUUCUACCAAUCCUCGAAACGACACUCUCCAAUCAUCCUACAACAAAGUUAGACGAAAACAUAUUCUUUGUCGAGCAAGAGGUCACACGGGCCAUUCAACAAGCCAUUCAAUGGGCGGGCAUUUUGAAAACCGUUCUGGCGGAUGCACCACCCUCGCUCAUAAUAUUGCAUGACAAUGAUGAUGACAUGCUGGAAUUCAGUGAAUCUUUUCUCCAUCAAAUCAUGACCUGUCGCAUGGUGCCCGUCGAUUCCCUCAGCAACUUGGGCAUGGCGUACAGUCGUGUAGUGCUGAUGCUGAGAAGAAGAAAACAGGUCCAAGACGACGACCUAGCGCAACUCGUGGACAAUCUCGUGGCCCAACAACUGUCCGAUAUGACCACCAUUGCCAUGAUUCAGGGGCUCGCCGCGACGGCACCAAUCAAGGUCAUGUUGCACACGUCGCGGUGUUUCAUGCAGUACUUUCGACGGCUGGCCCAUCAUUCAGACCCAGGAGUACGUCUGGUAGCUCUCAAGGGCAUUCACACAUUAAUCAGUCGAUGUUAUACUCUUUGUAUUGCAACAACAGCAACCACACCAGUGACAACGUCAGAGCUGGAAGCCAUUCAAUACAUGACCGAAGGAACACUCGAAAUGGUCUUGGCGGCAUGGGAGAACCCACCCAAUCGGAGAUUAGGCAGUGCCAUACAAUCCCUGUUUCAAAAACUGAUUGCAUUGAUGCAAGAGUUGGGACAACAACAGA